AUGGGCAUGGAGCCGCGCGCCACCUCGAGCGGUCUACAGCGGCAGUUCGUGUCUCUGGUGCUGCGCGAGCUGUGGCAGGCGCUUGACUGGAAGUGCGAGGACCGUAUGGCACUGGACGUGGGCUGCGGCUCCGGUGACUUCUCCGCCUGCGACCUGCUGUCCCGCCUGCCAGAAGACAUGGUCAUCCUCGCCACCGACUCCUGCCCCUCGGCGGUCUCCAGAGCCGCCGACAAGUACGAUGGCACAAGAUUGUGUUUCCUUGAGCUGGACAUAGGCGCUGCACACAUCGAAGAUACCGGUGUGUGGAGGCUAGCACCGUUCUCAAAGAUCUUCUCCUUCUUCAGUUUGCACUGGGUACAGAAUCAAAGAGUCGCCUUCCAGAACAUCAAUAAACUUCUGUCUCCAGGCGGUGAAGCAGUUUUUAUCAUCAUCAGUCACUCUCGUUUGUUUACAAUGUACGAGUCGAUGGCGAAGUCCCCUCGAUGGAGUACCUACAUGGAGGAAUACUUGAAGUAUGUAACACCAUACCAAGAACUGAAUAAUCCGGAACACCAGUUCACAAUGUACAUGAAGGAAGUUGGGUUGUCCGUAAAAACAUGUCGCAAUCAAAGAGACAUCAACUACGUCUCUACAGAUGAGCAAAACAUAAUAGAUACUGUGCGGUCGAUAAACCCAUUUAUGGGCCGAAUGCCAAAGGAGUUGAGGGAGUCGUUCAUCCGGGACUGCGUGCGGGAGGCGUACCGUAACGGCACCCUGCGCUGUCGCCGCCUGCCCGGCGGGUCGAGCUACUGCUUCCGCUACGACGCGCUCGUCGCCCACGUGGUCAAGCCCUGGCUGGAGGGGUAG